CGCCCAGCCGGAGCCGCCGCCGCCGCCGCGAUGCCGGAGCUGGCCGUGGAGCGGGUGGUGGUCCACCCGCUGGUGCUGCUCAGCGUCGUCGACCACUUCAACCGGAUCGGCAAAGUGGGCAACCAGAAGCGCGUGGUGGGCGUCCUGCUGGGCUCGUGGCAGAAGAAGAUCCUGGACGUCUCCAACAGCUUCGCGGUCCCCUUCGAUGAAGAUGACAAAGAUGACUCUGUGUGGUUCCUUGACCACGACUACCUGGAGAACAUGUACGGGAUGUUCAAGAAAGUGAACGCCAGAGAGAGAAUUGUGGGGUGGUACCACACCGGUCCCAAGCUCCAUAAGAACGAUAUUGCCAUCAAUGAGCUGAUGAAGAGAUACUGUUCAAACUCGGUGCUGGUCAUCAUUGAUGUAAAGCCAAAGGACUUGGGGCUGCCUACGGAAGCCUACAUCUCUGUGGAAGAAGUUCACGAUGAUGGCACGCCAACAUCCAAGACCUUUGAGCACGUGACCAGUGAAAUCGGAGCAGAGGAAGCCGAGGAGGUUGGGGUGGAGCAUCUCUUACGGGACAUUAAAGACACCACCGUGGGCACUCUGUCGCAGCGCAUCACAAACCAGGUCCACGGCUUGAAGGGCCUGAACUCCAAGCUUCUCGAUAUCCGGAGCUACCUGGAGAAAGUGGCCACGGGCAAGCUGCCCAUUAACCACCAGAUCAUCUACCAGCUCCAGGACGUCUUCAACCUGCUGCCAGAUGUGAACUUGCAGGAGUUUGUGAAGGCCUUCUACCUGAAGACCAACGACCAGAUGGUGGUGGUGUACUUGGCCUCCCUCAUCCGCUCGGUGGUGGCCCUCCACAACCUGAUCAACAACAAGAUCGCCAACAGAGACGCUGAGAAGAAAGAGGGCCAGGAGAAGGAGGAGAGCAAGAAGGAGAGAAAAGAGGAGAAGGAGAAGGGGGAAGCCAAGAAGGAAGAGAAGAAGGAGAAGAAGUAGGAUUUUAUAUGUAUAAAUUAAAACCCUGUAAGCUGAUGGGCA